AUGUCGACAGAAGAUACACCCUUACUCUCAGAUGAGGUCUCCGAUAACCUCAAUCAUACCAAAUCCAACGAUGAUACGAUCACAACUUCACCGACCUCAGCUGCUGCUUUUCCUGAGAACACAGCCUUCGCAAAAAGGCUGGUCAGGAAAAUAGAUCUAAGACUCAUGCCAUUGAUGUUCAUAACGUUUAAUUUUAAUUAUAUCGACAAAAGCAUUUUGAGCACUGCCGCUGUGUUUGGGUUGGUUGGAGAUACGGUAUUGGACGGACAAUUUAGUUCCAUCUCCAGUGUCUUCUAUUUCGGGUAUCUUUUAUGGGAAUACCCUGGCGUCUAUCUGAUCCAAACCCUUCCCGUAGCAAAAUACAUUGCAGCGGAUAUUGUGAUCUGGGGAAUCAUCGUUGCGAGUACUGCUUCCUGUACCUCUUAUCAGGGAUUAAUGGUAGCGAGGUUAUUCACGGGGAUGGUAGAAUCAAGCAUUAGUCCGGCGUUUCUGUAUGUUACGAGUAUGUGGUAUACGAGAGAUGAGAUGCCUAGUCGCAUGGGGCUGUGGUAUGCGGGGAAUUCUUUUGGGGGUGCCGUUGCUAGUUUGCUCUCUUUUGGGAUCGGACAGAUUCAUUCUUCAUUGAAACCUUGGAAGUUGUUAUAUAUCAUAUUUGGAUCAGCGACUGCUUUGUGGGGCUUCGUUGUCCUGAUUUUUUUACCAGAUACUAUCUCCAGAGCCAAGUUUCUCACCCUGGAAGAGAAGAAAUGUGCAGAAGAGAGAGUGCGUGUAGCAGGGACUGGAAUUACCAUGUCUAUCAAAAAUGAAUGGAAAGGCGAACAAGCAAUCGAGUGUCUGCUUGAUCCAAAAACUUGGUUUUGCGUUUUCAUUUCCCUGUUCACCAUGAUCCCGAAUGGAGGAACAACCAGUUUCGCAAACAUCCUAAUAACAAGCUUCGGAUUUACUGGUCUCCAAUCAACUCUCAUCUCCCUCCCAUCCUCUCUAAUAUCCUUUCUCACCAUCGUAACAUCCGGUUAUCUCGCGUCCCGCUAUCGCAACACCACGACUCUCCUUCUCUCUACUCUUCUUUUACCCCCUAUUAUAGGUGCAAGCCUCAUGAACUGGGCUCCUCUCAAUUCGCUAAAAUUAACAGGUUUCUACCUAAUUGGAUUUUCUCACGCGACUAUUCCUUUAACAAUGAGUCUUAUAGGAGCGAAUACAAGAGGGACGACGAAGAAAAUGACAAUGAGUGCUUGUAUGUUUGUGGCGUAUUGUGUGGGGAAUAUGUUGGGUCCGCAUAUUUUUGGUGGUAAGGAGAGAGAUAUGGGGUUUGGGAGAGGGUUUACGGUCUGUUUAGGAUGUUACUUCCUGUCUGCGGCAAUGGGGGUAGGACUGAGGGGGUAUCUAAAGAGGAUUAACGCAAGGAGGGACAGAGAGGAAUGGGGUUUGGAGCCCGAGGGCGCGGGCGAGGGUGAGGGAACAGAAGGAGAAAUGGACAUGGGCGUAGAUCUCACAGAUUUCCAAACUCGAGGGUUUAGAUAUAGAUUAUAG